AAUGGAGAUGGAAACAAAAGGGCUCCAAAAAUUUUGGUGUGUCCCUAAAAAUAUAGUUUAAAAUAAAAUUGUAAUAAAAUUCUUAUCUACUUCAUUAUCACUAUUCCAGAAAUUUUUGCAUAUUAUAUUGAGAAAGUUGAUCGAGAAUUGCGAAAACCUUUAUAAAAAACUUAGGCUCCUCCAUAAAGAGUAUACAAAAUUGGUAAGAAGGAUUUAUAUUGUCUCAUUUGGACUUAUUUAGAAGUAUGUGAAUAUUAAAAAAAGAAUUUGAG